AUGACUUUAACCAGCCAAAGUGAGGCAUUAUCAGACUUAAAUCCGACCCUAAAUGAAACAUCUAUUACAGUGACACAGCAAGUUCUGAGCGACUACGAAGCGCAGAUGUUUCUAUUGGUGGUCAGAAUCUCCUGCUGCUCCAUCAUCGGUCUCUUCGGCAUGGUCAGUAACGUCAUAAAUCUCUACGUCUUCGUCAAACAAGGAUUAAAUACGUCCAUAAACAUCAGUUUCUUCGCCAUGGCCAUCUCAGAUCUGAUCCGUAUCGUCACAGUUCAGUGGAUGAACUUCUGCUCUCUUCCCAAUAUUGAUACGCUGGGAAUUCCUUGGGUGUUUUCAGACAUUCGUUACCUGAGUGCCAGUUGGCCGACCGGCUGCGCCAACCGCAUCACCUUGUUCAUCACAGCGUACAUCACCGCUGAGCGAUUCCUCUGCAUCGUGUUCCCUCUGAAGAUUAAGAAGAUGAUAAAACCGUCGAGGACCGUAUUGAUUUUACUGGCGAUCGAUGUGGUCAAUACGUUGGGACUUGUCCCGGAAUACGCCUCGGUCUACUACGAAUGGAAAUUCUACCCGGCCAAAAACAAGACUCUUCUGGGGAUGGCGUUCAGAAGCAACAGGUCGAGUACUCAAGGCGUCACUUUCAGCAUACACGCAGCUCUUCUGACCAUCGCCCUCGUCGCUGUCAUCGUCUUCACCAUUGUUCUGGUCAUCCAACUCAAGAGCAAAUCUCAGUGGAGGAAAGAUAACACGGGCAAUAAAAGCCAGAUGGAGUCCAUGUCAAGCAGGGACAAGAAAACAGUCAAACUGGUCAUACUCAUAGCUGUGGUCAUGGCCUUUUGUUAUACGCCCGCUGUAGUUUUAUCCCUCGUCUCAUCCUUCAUCCCUGACUUUGGGGUCGGUGGUCGUCAGGCCAAUUUGUUUCAUUCCACUUGGUCAUUCGCUUACCUGACAGGCAUCAUCAACGCCAGCGUUAACAUCUUUAUCUACUACAAGCUAAGCUCCAAGUAUAAGAGCACCUUUAAGGAAUUGUUUGGUUUAACAUCUCAGACAAAGCAAUAA